CAACCGUCUACAACGUGAACUGCCGGAUCGGAACUGAAUAAUCUCGUGUAUAGGUGGUGCCCGUCGUAAAGGAUUAGGACAUGUGACCAAGGGUGGGUGCAUCAUCGAGGUGCAUCUUCGUGGUGCACUGCUACUCGAAUUUCGCCGGAAAAAAAUGUGGUACCGUUCUCCAAUGCGUUUCUAGAAUGUUAAACUGAAUGGACAUUGAGAGUCGGACGGCCAACAGCACAUGGACAGAUAAAGAUUUUUGACAAGAAGGAAACGUGCGGCAUGGGUUUGCCGCGUUUCUCUCUGAAGGGAUACUUUUUGUACGUGCUAUGCCUGUCUGGUCUACUGUUGGUUAUCCUGAAUCUAUUACAGGACGAAAUAUGGCAUCGUAUGCGACCCCAUUCCGCACAAACUCAAUCAGUUCGUGCUGCAGACACCAAGAUCAAACGAAAUCGGCCAUCAAAAUCGGAGAAACCGGCGUUGCAGGUUUUGCAGACUUUGGAAACAGUGAAGAAAAAGCUUCUGCACGAGGUAUCCAACUCACCAGGCACGACGAUCGUGUCACACAUUACUGUGGAUGCCUUGGAACCAUCAAGAAGACCAUGGUACAUGAAAGGAGGAAGCAGGAGACCUUUUCCUGCCUUAAAAUCCAAUCGAACUGGUCGAAGAUUGGCGCACUUGUGGCCCGAAGAAGACGCGUAUGACGAUCGUGUGACGAAUCAAUUGAUGUUUGUGCCCUAUGAUUAUAAUAAAACAAGUGCAGAGCAACCGUUAAAAAAAAUAAUGGUUCCGCAUGGUAUGCCCGAGGCGAAAGUUGGUCCUGAUAUAUUUCUUCAGCAUCGUUGCCCAGUAAAUACGUGUACGAUUGUUAGGGAAAAUCCGGACGACGCCGAUUUAAUCCUUUUUAAAGAUUAUGUAACUCAUGUCCGAAGAAGAUCCCCAAAACAAGUGUGGAUGCUGUAUUUUUUAGAGUGUCCUUAUCACACGCAAAGCGUACAGAACGCAUUCAUCAAUUGGACGGCAACUUAUCGUCGUGACAGCGAUAUAGUCGCUCCCUACGAAAGGUGGCAGUAUUAUGAUCCUAGCGUUACACAAAUAUCGCAAUCUUUUAAUUACGCAGCCAACAAGACUAAGAAGGUGGCUUGGUUCGUUUCUAAUUGCCAUCCUCGCAAUCAACGUAUGCAUUACGCGAAAGUGCUAUCAAAAUACAUACAAGUGGACAUUUAUGGAACUUGCGGUUCUCUGCGGUGUCCUCGUUCACAGUCUCAAGCGUGUUUCGAUAUGCUCGACGAAGACUACAAGUUCUAUCUCGCAUUCGAGAACUCAAAUUGCAAGGACUAUAUCACGGAAAAGUUCUUCGUGAACGGUCUUGGGCACAACGUCCUGCCUAUAGUGAUGGGCGCGCAUCCAACGGAUUACGCUCGAAGCGCGCCAUAUCGUUCCUACAUCCACGUGGACGAGUUCGAGUCGCCGAAAGAGCUCGCGGAGUAUCUGCACCGUUUGGACCGCGACGACGAGCUCUACAAUUCGUACUUCCGGUGGAAAGGUACCGGGGAGUUCAUCAACACGUACUUUUGGUGUCGCGUUUGCGCGAUGUUGCACGACGAUCGACGACCAAAAUUUUACAAGGACGUGAACGAAUGGUGGAGAGGCGACGGCAUAUGCACAACGAAUUCGUGGCGCGAACACGACCUGGUCCGUGGCGGGAAUCUCAAAAACACUUGAGGGAAAACGCCCACGCGAGGGCCCGAUUAAUUUCUGUGAAAUGACGCUUUCGUCUGAAGAAUCAUCUGGACUUCCAAAGGUCGCGAAGAAUCGUACUCGUGCGGCUCGUCGUUGAUUUUCUAACGAAUAUGUUACAGACGGACAGAGGAUCGAUGGAUCUUCGAAGCGUGGGUAGUCUAUUAAUCGAAGAAAAAGACUGCCGAGCACGGGUUUCGACGAGACGGUGCCAGGAGUACGCGAAUUUGUACUUUUCGACGAACAACGUGGACUUUUACACAUCAAUUAAGAACUAUUCGUUGCUUUAGACGAACCAAUUUACGGAUGUUUUUACAAAGAUUAACCGUAGAACCGAUUCGAUUACUCGCGGUUAAAGUACCGUCGUAGGUUUGACGGGUUGCGAACCUUUCGUUUUCGAUAUUUAUAAUAAUUCGCUACAGAAUUAUUUUUCUUCGAUCGUUGAUCGUCGGGGAUUGUUGCGCACGGAGCAAAUAGUUUCAGCGUAUCGCUAAACGCGAAAUUUAUAGUGUUCCUUUAACAAUUGUACGGAUGCGCGAAAGAUUUGAAUGUUUGUAAAACGUUAUUUUCGUAAAAUGUAUUAUCUUUGACGACUUUAUGAACGAAAUGUUUUACAAAAUUACUUUUGUUCGACGAUGUUUUAGUUAGAUGUCUUAGCUAAACGCACGUUGAUUAAUUUUGCAAACGUACCGGUAGCUAAAUGAAUUUGUAAGAAACACGGGUGUAUAAACUAUACUUGCCUGGCAAUAUGAGAAGCGUAUUAUUUUAGAACGCAGAAAACGUCUUUCGGAAUUAGUUCUUUUUGUGGCGAGAAAUACCUGAAACAUUUUGCACAAUACGAAUAAAUAUUUGCUGCUGUCAAUAUUAAAACAGUACCGCAAUUUAGGAUAUUAAAUACGUGAUUCUGCGUUCGUAUAAAAGGGCUGGCAAAAGAUGCAAAGCAAGAUAAAGAGAUUGAAAACGCGUGGAAACUGACUUUAUUGUCCUUAAAUUUUUAUAGGACAAACACGAAUAAAGCGCGUAGAAUUAUUUUCUUCUUCUUUAGAAUAUUAUUUGUUCCUAUAAUGGUUUUC